UCAACAUUGGACUCCUCCAUCUCUCCUGAAGCAACACAGAAUCCCAAGCAGAUGAUGCUCAACCCCACAUCUGUCUGGAGGAAUAAAAACAAAAGAAGGCAUUUAUCUUGAGAGCGGGCUUUGAUAAAUAGCACCCAACAUGACCAAUACAGCAGCAGUCUGUAGGAGGCUGUAGCUGUCGUUUUAUUUAUUUUGCUGUUGUUAUUAUUUUUGCCGGGAACCAAAGAAGGGGGUUGUCUCUCUCUGGAGUCACCCGGGAGAAGGGAAGAUGGCUGCCAUGAAGAUUCUAACGAGCACCGGGCUGUUUUUGGCGUUAUGCGCGUUAGGGUUGCUGGCUAUGGCUAUCUGCACCGACCACUGGUACGAAACAGAUGCUCGGAGGCACCGGGAAAGGUGUAAGAAUUAUUCCAACAAGAGAACUGACCCGGGAUACAUAUAUAUUUCCAAUCACAACCUUCCCCUCCGCAUGCAGCCCAGGGAUAAAAGCAAAGGGAAGGGAGAUGAGAGUGUGCUACUUCCUAGAGUCAAGCGGCAUUUCUUAGCCGCUUCCUCGGCCAUUGAGUCUCAUUGCAGCCGGCAGUUUAACUCGACCAUUUCGGGGCUGUGGAGACGGUGUCACCGGGAGGGAUUUGAUAUAGAGACCGAGGACCUCAUCUAUAAAGGUAUGAUCCAGCGCUGUAUUCCAGUGAAGUACCAUUACUCCUCAUCCGUUCUUCCGAGGAACUUCCCCGUCAACAUCACCAAGACAAUCCGACAGGACGAGUGGCACGCGUUGCAUCUGCGUCGGAUGACAGCUGGCUUCAUCGGGAUGGCGGUUUCCAUUAUCCUGUUCGGGUGGAUUAUUGGAGUCCUUGGCUGCUGCAAGCAGCAUGAUUUAAUGCAGUACGUGGCGGGGCUGUUGUUUCUCAUGGGAGGAACCUGCUGCAUCAUCUCCCUGUGCACCUGUGUCGCAGGGAUAAACUUUGAACUGUCCCGCUACCCGCGGCACAUGUACGGACUACCGGAGGACAUCAGCCACGGCUACGGCUGGUCUAUGUUCUGUGCCUGGGGUGGACUGGGGCUGACCUUGCUAGCCGGAUUCCUGUGUACAUUAGCCCCUUCCCUCAGUGCCCCCCGCACGAUGGCACCGAAGCCGAGGCAGGAGAACGGCACAGUCUGACACGCAGCGGGAAGCACAGCCACAAGGACACUGCGAGCCAUCGCCUCGGACCGCACUGGCGAGUACAGACCACAGUGACUGGAGGGGAGGGUCUUCCUCUGCCUGCCACGCCCCGACCAGAGUUUUUGUUCACUUAUGCCCAAGCGCAAGUGACCGCUUUGUAGAGAUUCGGAUUAAUAAUGGUGCUUCUCUAUGAACUUAACCGUAAACCAGAACAACAACAAAAAAGAAAUGUUUCAGUAUUUGGAGAAAACUAAAAAAAUUGUGGAAGCGAAAUUCUGUCCCGUGUGUUUUAGUAGGGUUGAACCGUACUGUGUUUGUUAUUGGUUUCAUAAAAAAAAAAAACAAUAUUAUGCUGGCAUAAACUGUCAAUUGUUAAAAGACAACAAUAUUUAAUGUGGAUUUUUUUUUUUUUUUUCAUAGUACCCACUGUAGCCUCCCGUCAUGGAAGAUCACAAGCACACGCUAGAAAACCUCAGUCCUCGUGUUAAACGACGAUUGAAAUGUGCUUUCAGCUUUCAAAUGGCUGAAGGACUUGCCCUGCAGAAAUGUGUGUACAGAAAAUCUAAAGCAGUAAAUGAUCUGAACGUAUAGAAUGACGGCGUGAACGUUAAUUGGCUCAAAACGGGCUAUAACCCUGGUAACCUGCCAGUGAUCUUAUCAGGUGAAGCUGGAACCUAUAACCCUACAAAUAUAUAUUUACUUUUUCCAUUUUUGUUUAAAAUACUGAUGUUUGUAACAGAGAACAGACCUGUCCUUGAUUUAACCCUGCUUUAACUUGUCUUCCAAAAGGCAGCAUCAAAACGGAGACUAGUAGUGGUGUGUUGAACCUCAGAACAAAGCCCCUCACCAACUCUCUCCACAUUUAGUCUUAGUCUCCACAACCAGUCUUAGUCUUUAGUUUCCACAGCCAAGCAACAAUAAAACGCUUUUGAUUUACCAAUGCACUACAUUCAGACCAGGCAAAUGAAAAGGAUGGAUUAGUUACUGUGGUUUCUAAGGACGUUUUCUGAGAGGUUAAGAGGAAUAAAGCCAGAGUGGGUAUCAAUAGCUUUUUAGAUGUAGCAUCAUGCUGGCUUUGUACCGUGCUAAUAAUCUGUAAAAGAGAGUGCUAGACAAUACUGUGCAAAACUUACAGAGAAACAGGCUUGUAACCAGGAGGUCCCCGUUUCAAUACCCAGCUCAGCCACUG